GUCGCGGAUGGCAAUUACGGCGGCCAAAAUGAAGUGGGGGAGUGGCAAGGGUUGGUAGGACAGCUAACUCGUCAAGAAGUAGACAUUGUUAUCGCAGAUUUGAGUCUAACUAAAGAACGCUCUCGGGUGAUCGACUUUAUUUUACCGCCAUUUCAUACGACUAAUUUGGCGGCUUUGUUGGAUGAUAUUUCAGGUGCAUUUUUCGUAGCUUUGAUUGGGUUGGCUAUCACACUAUUAGUCCUGUUGGUAGAAAUCAUUGUGAAACAAAUAAUGGGAAGCAAGCUAGAUAAAUGCCGAUAUGCCUGA